AUGAAAAUAUAUCUAUUCACAGAAAAGAUACAUCUCUUACCCUACAUCACAGAAUUCCUUGUAAACAUUUAUGAAUGUAAAGAAUGUGGGAAGACCUUUAAUUAUGGCUCAGAUCUAAUCAAACAUGAGAGAAUUCAUACUGCUGAGAAGCCUUAUGAAUGUAAGGGAUGUGCGAAGGCCUUUAGAAUUCACCUUGGAGUACACCAAAAUAUUCACUCAGGGGAGAAACCCUAUGCAUGUAAGGAAUGUGGGAAGGCAUUUAGAAUAUGUCAACACCUUAAAGUACACCAGAAUAUCCAUUCUGGGGAGAAACCCUAUGACUGUCAGGCCUGUGGGAAGACUUUCAGUUCUUCCAGAUACUUUAGAGUACACCAGGAAAUUCAUACUGAUGAAAAACCCUAUGAAUGUAAGGAAUGCGAAAAAUCCUUUAGAUUACGUGCACAACUUGGUCAACAUAAAAAAAUUCAUACAGAUGAGAAAUCUUAUGAAUAUAAGGAAUGUGGGAAAACCUUUAGACUUCAUUCACACCUUAAAGGUCAUCAGAGUAUUCAUACUGGUGAGAAACCCUAUGAAUGCAGGGAAUGUGGGAAGGCCUAUAGAUGGAGUUCAACACUUAAUCAACAUAAAAAAAUGCACACUAAGGAGAAACUGUGUGAAUUUAAGAUUUAUGGAAGGGCCUUUGAAAUUCAUUUAAUCCUUACAGAUCGUUAG